UUAUUUCUUUGUAGUUCGCGCUAGAGGCAAAAUACACUUGUUUCUGCAUAAAAGUAACUUGUACGAGUCUAACGCUCCUCAGUGAACAAAAAUAUCACCAAUUAACUCUUAAUAAAUAGUAAAAAUAAGAAUGAUAAGUUGUAAAAAGUUUUACUAAAAAUAAAAUAAAUAAAUAAAUAAAUUACAAAUGAAUCGGACGAGAAAAAAAUAAAAUUGUGUGACUAUUUAUACUUAUUUGUUUGAAUUAACGGCACAAUGGACACCAAAGCAGACUCUAAAGAGAAGGAAGCCUUGAUGGUGGACACAAAGCCGCCGAAGAUCCAAGGCUCCUUUGUAAUGGACAAGCCACUGCCCCAAAAUGGCCACCUGGAACAGGAACCAGCCAAUCCGCAUUUAUCCCACGGGAGCGCCACCAGACAAAUCCUUGCGGCGUUUGUCGCCCAAUUGGGAACCGUCAAUACCGGCAUGGCCUUUGGAUUCUCCGCCAUUGCAAUUCCGCAGCUAAGAGCGGUCAACAGCACCAUGCCUAUUGAUGACGUUCAGGAGUCUUGGAUUGCAAGCAUGUCAUCAAUAGGAACGCCAAUAGGCUGCCUCCUAUCGGGCUACCUGAUGGACCAAAUAGGCCGAAAGCGUUCCUUGAUCAUCACCGAAAUCCCAGCUUUACUCGGCUGGUUGCUAAUAAGCUUCGCAACCAACAUCGACAUGAUCUACGCCGGGCGAUUCUUCACCGGUCUAGGAUCCGGGAUGGUUGGAGCGCCAGCUAGAGUUUACACCAGCGAAGUGACCCAACCUCACUUAAGAGGGAUGCUAACUGCAAUUUCCAGCGUGGGAGUCAGUACAGGUGUCCUGCUAGAAUACGCGAUGGGUGGAGUGACCACCUGGAAGAUUUGUGCGAUGGUCAGCAGUCUGAUUCCAGCAUCAGCUUUGAUCCUAAUGUUCAUGUUCCCGGAGACGCCUUCGUACCUGAUCUCCAGGAACAAGCCCGAAAAAGCGCGUCGUGCUUUAGAACACUUUCGGGGCAGCUCUUACAACCUGACCAAGGAGAUGGACACGCUUAUAAACUUCUCCAACAAGAACAACCUCAAAAGACUGACCAAUCCCAAGGAGAUCUUGCAUGCCAUCAUGCAGCCAAACGCUCUCAAGCCUUUCGCGCUGCUCUUCUUCUACUUCCUGAUCUACCAGUGGUCGGGAACCAACGCGGUAACCUUCUACGCAGUGGAUAUCUUCCAGAAAUCUGGUGCCACAAUGAAUAAGUACCUUGCUACAACAAUUCUAGGCGUUGUUAGGUUACUUUCGACCAUCCUGGCUUGCGUUUUGUGCAGAAGGUGCGGAAGAAGGCCACUGACCAUGGUAUCUUCCAUAGGCUGCGGUCUGUCUAUGCUAGGUCUUGGCACCUAUAUGUGGCUCAACGACGUCUGGAAGGCCAACAACAUACCCGCUACCUUCACUUGGGUGCCAGUAGUCUGCAUCUUUGCGUACACGAUCGCUUGCACAAUUGGAUUCUUGGUGAUCCCUUGGGUUAUGAUUGGCGAAGUGUAUCCCGUCCAAGUCAGAGGCAUCAUCGGGGGACUCACCACCAUGUCUGCUCAUUGCUUUGUCUUCAUGGUGGUCAAAACAUUCCCGUUUUUGAGAGCGGCCAUUACGGAGCAUGGAACUUUCUUGCUUUACGGGUUCAUUUCUUUGUUUGGGACCAUUUACUUUUACAUUUGCCUACCGGAGACGAAAAACAAGUCGCUCCAAGAGAUUGAGGACUAUUUUUCAGGCAGAAGUUCUACUCUUAAGACCGGAAGACUUUGUAGUAGGAAGAAAAGUCUGCAGAUUCAAAAAGGGAAUGUUCUGCCCAAGUAAUUGGGCGUUUUUAUAGAUUUACUCUUUUUUAGAUUGGUUUUAUCCUUAAAAAGACAAAUUAUUUUGGUACUAAUGAUAAAUUUUUAGUUAGUAAUUAUUGUGAUAGAUUAUCAAUAACCAAAAAUGAUAUCAAGGCUCUGGAAGUAUUCUAAGCGUGCCAAAAGCUGCUUUAUACUUUUUUAAUAAUGUGCCAAUUAUGUAUUAAAUUUAUUUUAUUUUUAAGGGUUAUACGACUGUCAAUUUUUGAUAGCUUAAAUAAUAAAUUAAUCCUUGUUAAUUUAUAAAGAAAUUACAGCCAUUUUACAUCUUUUUCAAAAUGGCGUAAAAUAUUUCCUACCUAAAUUUUUAGCGUAUAACCUUACAAAAUCUAACCAAGCCAUUUGUAAAUAAAAUUACAGACUGUUCAACCAUUUAAAAUCUUUAACGCCUUUUUCAAAAUGGCGUCAAUUAUUCCUAAAUUUUUAGCCUAUAACUUUACAAAAUCUAACCAAGCCAUUUGUAAAUAUUAAAACUAAGACUUAAAAUUAAUUUAUUGUAAAGUAUUUAUAAUAAAACUCCAGAAUUAUUCUUAACAACCA